AUGGAACCCUCACGAAUGGACCCCGAAGUGGCCACGGAUAGAUCUCGAAUUGCUAUUCUUGGUGCGGGAAGCGUGGGCUCAGCGAUAGCCCUCUGCCUUAUUCUGAAUCCUGUUGCCAGCGAGAUCCUUCUAGUGGACCCAAACACCGACCAACGAGACGCACAAGUCAAAGAUCUCGAAGAUACCACUACUUACCAUGGUGCCGUUGGCGGUGGUGGAGUAAGAAUCCGAUCAGCAACACACAAAGAGGCUGGCCAAUGCGAUAUCGUUGUUAUCAGUGCCGGCGCAAAACAGAGGCAUGGUGAAUCAAGGACCGAUUUGCUAGGCCGUAACCUGGCCAUUCUCAAGUCUGCCACUGAUGAUAUGAAGCCAUUCCGGGAUGACAUCGUCAUCCUGCUCGUAGCAAAUCCGGUGGACGUAUUGACCUACUUCUGUCAGAAGUUCUCCGGGCUACCUCAAGGCCAGAUUAUCGGAAGUGGAACCUUCCUCGACAGUGCAAGACUGAGAGGCAUUUUGGCAGCAAAAGUUGGGGUUGACGCUGGCAGUGUGGACGCCUAUGUCCUUGGCGAACACGGGGAAUCGCAAGUGGUUGCUUGGUCUUGCGUCACCAUCGGUGCUGUGCCGCUGGAUCAAUGUCUACCUCCAGGUACGCCCAUUGACCGCAAAGCUGUUGCGAUGGAAACAAAAGACAAAGCCGCAAAGAUUAUCGAGGCCAAAGGUGCAACAGCCUACGGCAUUGGUGCCCUUAGUGCUGCCAUCUGCAAGUCGAUUCUAUUUGACCAACGAAAUGUCCGUCCGAUCUCCCACUGGGUUGAUGAUUUGGGAUGUUGCCUGAGCUUACCGGUGGUACUUGGACGACGGGGAAUAGUCAGAUCCCUCAAUAUACCGCUGAAUCAAGAAGAAAGGGACCUUUUGCUCAAGAGCGCUGCCACUUUGAAAAGGCUUAUUCAGGAAGCAGAACAGACUCAAAAGUAG